AAGUCACGACUCACGACCACUUUGUGACCGGUCGCUAUUGACCAACCGUUUAUUUCCGACGGUCUUGCUGCCAUUUCCGACGGAUUAAGCGGUCGCUAAUGGUUUUAAAACCCUAACUUCAAUCGACUAUGCAGUCGAACACUAUUCUUUUACUUACAAUCUGAAACAAACAGAGAGAAGAAUCCCGCUGUAACCGCACUUGCUACCACCGCCGUCGUCUGCUUCCAUCUUAGAAUUUGAAGAAAUUUUGGAGUUGUUAUCAUGAAGCGAAGAGAUCGUAGUUGGAUGUAUGAUAGAGUUGUUGGACGUUCUCUUAAGCCUGAGUUUGUUAAUGGAGUUCAGGAAUUUAUUGAAUAUGUCAAACUACAAGAAGAAUAUAAACCUGGAACUGUUAGAUGUCCUUGUCUUAAGUGUAAAAACAUGCGUUUCGUAGAUGUGGAAACAAUGAGAGAACAUUUGUAUAAAAAAGGCUUUUCUCCUCAUUAUUAUAUCUGGUUAUGUCAUGGGGAAAGGGAGACUUGUAGUACUGAUGAUCCACGGCUUCGCCAGGGGCGACCGAGUACUUCUGGAGACAGGGUGAUUGGUGCAUCUGGUUCGAGUCAGAAAAAUGUCGUUCGUAGUAAGAGUCAGUAUGUGGAAGAGGAGCCAAAUGAUGAAGCUAAGAUGUUUUUUAAGUUACUUAAGGAUGCUGAGAAGCCGUUGUAUGAAGGGAGUAAGAUGUCGCUGUUGGAAAUGGCGUCAAGGACUGCAUCUGUGAAGUCUGAAUGCAACUUAUCACAAGGUUUUGUUGAUGGAUUUACUUCUUUGAUGAAUGAAGUUCAUCCAGAGAAUAACUUAUUGAGUAAAAGUUUAUAUGAUACAAAGAAGGUGCUCAAAGGUUUGCAACUUCCGCAUGAGAAGAUACAUACAUGCCCACAUGGUUGUAUGCUAUUCUGGAAGGCUAAUGCUCACCUGGAUAAAUGUAGUGUUUGUGGAAAAGAUCGAUAUAAGAAGACAUCAAGAGGUAAGCUCAUUCCUGUGAAAGUGUUAAUUUAUUUUCCGAUCACUCCAAGAUUGCAAAGGUUGUUUGCCACUAAAAACAUUGCUGAGCAAAUGACAUGGCACAACAAAAACCAUCGUGUUAGGGGUACCAUGGCACAUCCAAGUGACGGGGAGGCCUGGAAGCACUUCAACACCACUUACUCUGAUUUUGCAGCUGAACCUCGGAAUGUUCGCCUCGGAUUGUGCACGGAUGAACUCACACCAUAUACUAGAUCCAGGGGAAAGUAUUCUUGUUGGCCAAUACUUCUUACUCCGUAUAACUUACCUCCAUCGAUGUGUAUGAAGAAGCCUUAUAUGUUUCUUUCAUUGAUUGUUCCUGGUCCAAAGAAUCCAAAAGAAAAUAUGGAUAUUUAUAUGCAGCCCUUGAUUGAUGAGUUGAAGCAAUUGUGGGAGACAGGCGUUGUAACAUAUGAUAUUUCAAAAAAACAGAAUUUCAAUCUGCGAGCUGCACUUCUGUGGACAAUAAGUGACUUUCUAGCAUAUGACAUGCUAUCUGGAUGGUCAACUUCUGGUAAUAAGCCAUGUCCUUAUUGUAUGGAUAAGGGUAAAUGUUUUCGGCUCAAGCAUAGUGGUAAGGUUUCUUGGUUUGAUUGCCAUCGCCAGUUUUUACAACAUGAUCAUCCUUUUCGAAAGAAUAAAAUAUCAUUUUUCAAGAAUAGGGUGGAAGAUGGAGUACCUCCACCUAGGUUGUCUGGGCAAGAGGUGUGGAAUCAUGUUUCAAGUUUGCCAAAGUCAAAAGAAGGUCCUGCAUCUCUUAAAUGUUUGAAGAAAGAGAAAAGGGGGUGGAGUAGACAAAGUAUCUUCUGGGAGCUUCCUUAUUGGAAGAACUUGCUGAUUCGUCACAAUUUAGAUGUAAUGAACAUCGAAAAUAGCUUUUUUUGUCAGCUUAUAAAUACAAUUAUGGAUGUUAAGGGCCAAACUUCGGACAACAUUAAUGCAAGGUUAGAUUUGAAACUUUAUUGUAGGCGUCGAGAGUUAGAGCUUCUUGAUGAGACGAGUGGUGUUCAUAGCAUGCCAAGAGCCCCUUUUGUGUUAGACAAGGCUCAAAGAAAGGUCUUAUGUGAAUGGGUAAAGAAGUUGAAGUUUCCAGAUGGAUUUGCAUCAAACUUGAGUAGAUGUGUUGAUCUUCAAGCAUGUAAGUUCUCAAGGUUGAAAAGUUAUGAUUGUCAUGUAUUCAUGAACAGAUUAUUGCCAGUAGCCUUAAAGGAGUUACUCCCCCUCCACGUUUGGGAAGCGGUAACUGAGCUUAGCCAAUUUUUCCGAGACUUGAGCUCCUCAACUAUCCAAGUUAAAGACAUGGAUCGUUUGGAGAAAAAUAUACCACAAAUUCUUUGUAAGUUAGAAAAGAUUUUUCCGCCUUCAUUCUUCAACACUAUGGAGCAUCUUCCAAUUCACUUGCCUUAUGAGGCAAAAGUAGGUGGACCGGUUCAAUAUAGGUGGAUGUAUCCUUUUAAAAGGUUUCUCAAUCAUUUGAAGCAUAAGUUUGGCAGUGAGGCACGUCUAGAGGUAGCUAUAUGCAAUGCUUACUUAACUGAAGAGACUGCAAACUUUUGUUCCAAUUAUCUUAAGUUAGAAGUUGAUACAAAAGAUGGGGAAUUGGGUCAAAAUGUUACUUCAAGUGCUGCUAAUCAAAGCGACCCAGAUGUGCCUGAAUUAUUUCGACUUAAUAUGGGACAUGCCUCCAGUGAAGAUUGUCUACGAUUUCUGCAAGAUAAGGAAUACGAUCGUGCCCAUCUUUGUGUCCUUGCAAAUUGUGGUAUCUUGAAUGAUUAUGAAAGGAAAUUCAAGGAACAUAUCAUCCAAAUCAACCCUUCAAUUUCAUUGCAAAAUGUUUGGACCAGAUAUGAACAUCAAUUUCCAGAUUGGUUCAAAACUCAUGUUUUGAGAUCAUUGACAAGCAAUGAUGUUGUUCGAGCACUAGCAAUGGGGCCAUCUAGACAAGUGAGGACAUGGAAUCAAUACGAUGUCAAUGGAUUCAAUUUUCAUACUUUUGAGUACGGUCAACACGAGUCAUCAAUGAAUUAUGGUGUUUGGGUUAAAAACCAUGAGGGAUUGUAUAAGUUCGGUAUAUUGGAGGACGUCGUUGAGUUGGUGUAUUUGGGUGAUCUUGGUGUCUACAAGACGAUAUUGUUCAAGUGCGAUUGGAUGGAUUCAUUCAACGGCAUGAACAUUCAUAAACAAUACAAACUCGUUGAAGUAAACCCUUCGAAGAAGUUCCCAAAGUAUGAUCCAUUUGUAUUGUCACAUCAAGUACAUCAAGUGUAUUAUGCACCUUAUCCAAGCCUAAAACCGGAUAGAAUUCAAUGGUGUGCAGUGUUUAAAACCAAAGCAAAGUCAUCAACUAUUGAUACUCCAACAGACAUAAAUUUUUUUCAAGAGGAAUUCAUUAUGGAUCCCCCAACUCUAUGUGCUCCUGAAGAUGGUUUAGAUUAUCAGCUCGUUGAUAAUGAGGAUUGCGAUGAAGCAGAUUGUGAAGAUGUAGAGGAAGAGCAAGAGGAAGAUGAAGAGGAUGAAGAGGAUUACGACAAUGGUGACUAUUAUGAUGAUGAUUAUGACGAUGAAGAUGAUUUAGGCGUUAUCUAGGCAGUUUAUGUAACGUAGAUGAACAAAUAUGGUAAAGGUAAACUAUCCAUUGUGCUUAUUAUUUAUGUCCUAAGUAUGUAGUUAUUGUUGAUUUGAAUGUUUAAUUACCAUGAGUGAUGCUUGUUUUAUUAAUCCAUAUUCCUUUUUAUGUUUGCGAAA